AGAGAGAGAGAGAGAGAGAGAGACCAUUGGUGCCGCAGCGGGACCGACUGUCACACGGACUGUCAGCGGGGUCGUUACCGGAGAGAGCAGCCGCUGCUCGCCGUUUACCGAGAGACACACCGGGGGACAGCAGGAGAAGAAGAACUGAAGAAGAAGAAGAAGAAGAAGAAGAAGAAGAAGAAGAAGAAGAAGAAGACGCAGGGGGGAUCGUUAUAUUUGCAGUGGCCGCUGUCGCCUUCGUGUCACCACCUCCACCGGACAGGAUCUACUCUCUCCAUCAUCACCAUCACUCCUCUUCAUCAUCCCUCCUCCUCCUCAUCACCACCACCACCACCACCUCCCUCAUCCUCCUCAUCAGCCAGACCUCUCCUCCACUUCCUCGUCUCCUUCAUCACCAUGCCGGGCUGGCGGAGGAACCUCACUUUCUGUCUGCAGCGGAUGCACGAGGAAGAUGACGGGCCUUAUGGAAAAACGAAGGAUAUCUCUGGACCAGAACACACCAUGGCCUCAAGAAGACACAGUAUACCAGAAGCUCUGCGGGGGGUGACCAUGGUGGAGCUGGUGAAGAAAGAGGGCAGCACACUGGGCCUCACCAUCUCAGGAGGGACGGACAAGGACGGGAAGCCGCGGGUAUCGAACCUACGGCCCGGAGGACUGGCGGCCAGGAGCGACCAGCUUAACGUUGGCGACUACAUCAAGUCGGUGAACGGCAUAAAUCUGACCAAACUGCGGCACGAAGAGAUAAUCAGCUUACUGAAGAACGUGGGAGAGCGAGUUCUGCUGGAGGUGGAGUAUGAACUGCCGCCUACAGCACCAGACAGCAGCUCAGGGGUUAUAUCAAAGACAAUCGACAUCUGUUUGCACAAAGAGGGGAACAGCUUUGGUUUCGUCAUGAGAGGUGGCGUCCAUGAGGACUGGCACAAGUCGCGCCCCCUAGUGGUCACCUACGUCAGGCCGGGAGGUCCUGCAGACAGAGAGGGAACGCUGCGUCCUGGCGACCGUCUCCUCAGCGUGGAUGGCGUCCCGCUGCACAACACCAACCACAAUGACGCCCUCAGCGUGUUGGCUCAGUGCGGUCAGGAAGCCCUGUUCCAGAUAGAGUAUGAUGUCACUAUUAUGGACACGGUAACGAACGCCUCCGGCCCGCUAUUAGUGGAGAUCGCCAAGUCGCCGGGAGCGACGCUGGGCAUCAAUCUGACGUCAGCAAAUCAUCGGAACAAGCAGGUGAUCGUCAUCGACCGAGUGAAACCCGGCAGCGUGGUGGACAGAUGUGGAGCGUUGCACGGCGGAGAUCACCUGCUGUCAAUAGAUGGGACAUCGACGGAGCACUGCACGGUCCUGGAGGCAACGCAGCUCUUAGCGAGCACGACGGAGCUGGUGAAAUUAGAAAUCCUCCCCUCCCAUCAAACGAGGCUGACUGGGAAGCAGCACGACACAGUGAAGGUUCAGAAGUCGGACCACCCCCACUCCUGGGACCCCUGUGUGAACUACUGCCACCCCGCCAACUCCACCCUCCUCAACACAAGCGCCACCCUCAACAAGUCUUGGACGGCGUCGAACAACAACACAAUCAAUGACUACUGCAAGUCUCUGGUAUCGGCCAGCUUCUCUCCCGGUUCUACGACCACAUCCGGCCCCAGCAGCCAGAGCUCCAGCACCUUGCCCCGGCCCACAGUCCCCAUGAGUCCACGAAACUCGCUGCUCAAACGGCGACAGAGGAAGAAAGAGCACAAAAGCUCCUUGUCUCUAGCGUCCAGCUCCGUGGGUCCGGGUGGUCAGGUGGUUCACGUAGAGACCAGUGAGGUCGUCCUAACCGGCGACCCGCUCAACGGCUUUGGCGUCCAGCUGCAGGGAGGAAUAUUCGCCACUGAAACGCUGUCGGCACCCCCGCUUAUCAGAUUCAUAGAGCCUGACAGCUCUGCAGAGAGGUGUGGCCUGCUGCAGGUUGGAGACCGCCUGCUGUCAAUCAACGGAAUCCCCACCGAGGACGGAACACUAGAGGAGGCCAAUCAGCUGCUCCGAGACGCGGCGCUGACCAAUAAGGUCACGCUGGAGAUCGAAUUCGACGUAGCAGAGUCAGUGGUGCCCAGCAGCGGUACGUUCCACGUCAAACUGCCGAAGAAAAGAGGAGUGGAGCUGGGGCUCACCAUCAGUGCCAGUAAGAAGCAAGGAGAGCCCCUCAUCAUCUCUGACAUCAAGAAGGGCAGCAUGGCCCACAGAACAGGAACGUUGGAGCCAGGCGACAAGCUGCUGGCCAUCGACAACAUCCGACUGGAGAACUGCUCCAGAGACGACGCGGAGCAGAUCCUGCAGCAGUGUGAGGAACUGGUCAAACUAAAGAUACGCAAGGACGAAGACAACUCAGAUGAGCAGGAGACGUCAGGCAGCAUUAUCUACACAGUGGAGCUGAAGCGGUACGGAGGCCCUCUGGGUAUCACCAUCUCAGGCACCGAGGAGCCUUUUGACCCCAUCACUAUAUCCGGCCUCACCAAGAGAGGCCUGGCCGAGAGGACGGGGGCGAUUCACGUAGGCGAUCGGAUCCUGGCCAUCAACAGCGUCAGUUUAAAAGGAAAACCUCUGAGUGAAGCAAUCCACCUGCUGCAGAUGGCCGGAGAGACGGUCACCCUCAAGAUUAAGAAGCAGCUCGACACCUUUUCUCUUCAAGACUUAGAGGAGCGGAAGGCGGCGGAGGUCGAGGACACGACAGAGAAUGAGAUCAGCGACACUGAGGAGGACGACUUGACGGACAGCCAACAGACAAAUAAGCUGUCGGAGCUUUACUCCACAACCAUACCCAGCGUCGACUCUGCCAUGGAGUCAUGGGACGGCUCAGGGAUGGACGCCGGCUAUGGCAGCCAGGGGACAUACAGCCACCAGGCAGCUGGUAUCGCCCUCCACCCACAUGAAUGGCGUAGUGCCAAGCAGCAGCAGCAGCAGCAGCAGCAGCAGCAGCGCAGCAACACCCCUCCUCCUGGACGCAGGAAGAACUACCCUUUCAGCGACGGAGGCUUCAGUGAGGAUGACUGGGACAAACCACCAGGAUUUAUUGGCCAACAACCAGACGGUAUUCUGUUGGAUCCAGACGACAGCUUCUGGUGUCAGGCUCUCGAGGAUCUGGAGACCUGUGGCCAAUCAGAACUUCUCAGAGAGAUUGAGGCUUCCAUCAUGACAGGAACAGCCAUCAGUCUGGGUGUCGAUGGUGUCAACAAGCCUCAAGCUGAGCCCAUGCUGAGCCACAACAGGAUGAGCCCGUUGCGGAGAAAUUCUCUCCUGCACCAGGGGAACCUGCUCCAUCAGGCUGCACACCUCCACCAGGGUGCCCAUCUGCACGAGGAGGCCCACCUGCACGAAGAGGCCCAACUCCACCAAGAUGCUCACCUGCACCAGGAGGCCCACUUCAACCACGAGGCCCACAUGCACCCAGGAGCCCAGUUCCACCAGGACAAUCAGUCCCCUCUCCUGCACCACGACCCCAAGCCCAAGGCCUCGUUGAGAGUGUCAGAGAGGACGUGGGAGUCUCGUCGGAUCAAAGAGGAGAUGCAGGGGAUUCUGUCGCCGACGCCUUUGGAGCUGCACAAAGUGACGGUGAUCAAGGACCCAGAGAUCGACGACUUUGGCUUCAGUGUGUCGGACGGCUUCUUAGAGAAGGGAGUUUACGUCAACAUGAUCAGACCAGACGGGCCAGCUGACCGAGCCGGUCUCAGACCCUACGACAGGAUCCUGCAGGUGAACCACGUGAGGACGCGGGACUUUGACUGCUGCCUGGCGGUGCCUCUGAUCACAGAGGCUGGAGACAGACUGGAGCUGGUCAUCAGCCGCAACCCGCUGGCCAACGAUGACACGGAGGACAAUAACAACACUUUGGACCAUCCACUAGACCUGUAACACACACACACACACACACACACAAAAAGACAGACUGAUGAAUCUUCUAGACGUACACAUUAGCAUUCACUGUCACACUCAGGCAGGAGACAUAGAACUGGUGAUGAAAUGUAAAGUUAUAUCUACAGAAACUGGCCCAAACACACACACACACACUCCACCGGCGUGCAAUAAUUCUACUUAAACGGAGACUCCUACAUAUAUACACACACCUGCAUGCUCACACAAUCGCCCCCCCUCCCAUUCACACCAGGUGGAACUGCUGUCAUACAGUAUAUUCCUCUCUGGAAGCACAGCACAGUGCUGAGAAACCACCAGAGACGCACUCCUGAUGGCUGACUUGAGUUCUCAGUGUUACUCCAACAAAAACAACCACUAACUUGGCCAUUUAACCAGCCAUUUAAAAUUAUUCUGACUCUCUUCAUCAUGUUUUCACUUCAAACAAAUGAAUAAAAACCUGCAAUUUGGGUUGAGGUAAUUUCAGCUGUUUUUAACGCCAGACCGCAGGUUUAUAGAAGUUUCUAGUGCCAAUGGUACCAGAGGGAUCUGCCUUAUUAUACAAUAUUGUUAUUUUAGGAAAUUUCAAAUGAAACUGUGUCGAUGAAAGAGAGAAACAGCCUCGCUCAGUUUUGAAGAUUGAAUUUGUUGUAAGAAAGGUAAAGAAGAAAGUGUAGGCAGAUGAUGGUGAUCAAGAAGAUGAUCUCUAUUGAUGUAGCCGCUGUAGAAGUCCACAUUGCUGCUAAACGUCUGCUGAAACACUGCUGCUCCACUGCAAUUUUGAAAAAGUUUCGGCUUCUAUUCUGGAUAUUUCUGCACACUAUGAGGUCAGCACAGUGAUAAAACUAAAUUUGUGCCAUCAUAACAAGACAAUGAUCACAUCACGACUGCCAAACUGUUUUAGUUAAUCUAGUCAUCAAAGGGACAAGAAAGAACGGAAGGAACUUUCUUUCCCCUACAGAUGAAACAUCUUGAAAUGGAAUUAAAUAACACAGGCAACUUUUGCUGCAACACGUUUGGGAAGCUGUGAGAUGCCCCGGAAGAAACUGUGUUGCCAACAGAAGAACAUCGUCCUGCAACAUUACUGGAGAUCUUUGAAUCUUUUCUGUUUCUUUCUUUCUUUUUUUUCUCUUUUGUUUUUUUUUUGCCAGCUGUUUGGGAGAAUUGCCCAUCUACAUUUCCCAAUCGGUCACUGCAGUUGUCUGAGAGCACUGGGUUCAUCUCACCUCAGCUCAUUGCUGGGUUACAAAGUCAAAUAGCAGUCGCUGCUGUGCAUGCAUUUUAAACAGCAGAAGUCGCGUUUAGGGUCGAGGAGAAGCAAAAUCGAAAACGGCACACACUUAUGCUAUUAAAGGUGCUUUGUGUAGCACUUCUGAAAAAUUCAUUUCCACUUAAAUGUUGAAACAUUAGUAUAAAUCCGAUAAACAAAAGAACCUGUCAGCUUUUAGCAGCAUCAAGCCACACAGUGUUCUUCUACUUUCUAUAUCUAGUUUUAUACCUCUUCUCUCUACUUGUAAGCUGCUGGAAAUCCAAUUUCCUUGCGGGAGUCUAAGUCUAAGUCUUCAACGACAAACAGAGCCCAAGUUUAUUGGCUGGCAGCAAAACCCUGCAGUGUAACUACUGUAAGCACAUAAGAGAAAGUUGGCUGGCUCAACCAGUGACUAUGUCAGGAAUGAGUACAUCAGUGUCAACAGUAGUUCCAACAGAAAUGUCACAAUCUCUUUUGCUGUAGGAAGAGCCGUGAUUCAUGGGCAAUACGACAAACCUCCAAACAUGAACAGCACCACUGUUUUAAAACUCCAGUAAUCAUCACCACCACAGUCUCAUCAUCAACAACCAUGGCGCCUACUUUGAUAACUGAUGUUUAAAAUGCUCCACAUAGCACCUACAGACAGUGAAAUGUAACUGCUCUCUGGCUUUGUAGAGAGAACCACUUUGAGGCUCAAAGAUCUCAAACAAAUCUAACAGCAUCAUCUGCAAACAUGGACAUCGAGCUGAUCGGGAUGCUGAAAACAAAUGCCAAGCUGUUCAGACCAGGAACAAGUCGCACACAUUCAGACAUUGUUACAGGACGGGGGCCAGCAUGCAAAGACAACGUAAGGACAUGAAACAAAGGGGUUUAUAUGUGCGUGUCAUUAUGUGUUUGUUCACGUGUCUGCGUGUUUGGCUACGCUGUAUACCUACGUCUGUGUUUAUGAUAUGCAUGUACCUUUCUAUCUUUGUUGGUACGUCUGAGAGAGUGUAUACAUGCUGUAGCACACUAGAUUCGGCGAGCUGAAACUGCGUAAACCUUUUUUUGUCCAUUAGUUGGGCAUAGUACUACAAUACCCAUGAGCCCCGGCUGCUUUUGCUUUGGAGAUGAAGUCGAUAAGAGGUGCUUGUAACAGCUGUAGCAAAUUCAUAGCGCUUGAGAGUAAAACAAAACACGGCCGCUUAAUUCAUCCAGAAUUGACAGAAAAUGCUAAAGUUACUGCGAGUAACAGGAUUUAAACAUGCAUAUGUUCACAGCAACAUGCAUCGACGCAACGGCUGAAUUAAAGAAAACACAUCUUUCCUGAUGCAAGUGCUUCUCUUGUGCACUCCAUAACCAGGAGAAUUUCAUGCCAAUCCAAGCUGUGGAAGUGCACCAAAAAUACCUCCACCUACCAACUUACCAUGCAACUCCAGCAUGUGGGUAUUGUAGUAAAACAAGCAUGACGAAAUUUGAACCUAUCAUUUAAUAACUUCUCUUAACCCGCCCACCUCUCCUCACCUCCUAUUUUUGGUCUGUUUGGUCACAGCAAAGAUUUCUUCCACUUCCCUCACCUCCUGUUUUUACAAUUUUCUCUUACUUCUGCCAAAACACUUCUUGCCCCAAUUAUCUGUGGAUUAACAGAAAAGAGACUGGCUGUCGCUCCCCUCCUACUGUGUGUGUGUGUGUGUGUGUGUGUGUGUGUGUGUGUGUGUGUGUGUGUGUGUGUGUGUGUGUGUGUGGUGUGUUUGAGACAGAGAGAAAUCAGUGUAAAACUAAGGAAGGUUACAUUUUUAUAUAUGUGCUCCUGCAUGUAUGUAAGCACAAUGAAGAUACUUAAUAAUGUGUUGUGUGUCUGUGUGUGUGUAUACAACACAUGGACUGGCAGGCAAAAUGCGUGUGUGUGUGUGUGUGUGUGUGUGUGUGUGUGUGUGUGUGUGUGUGUGUGUGUGUGUGUGCGCUGGAGAGAGAGAGGACAGAAAAUAGCCUUUGUCCACUGAAGGAUUGGAAUUAUUUUUUUUUUCGACAGGAACAAUCACAACCUCUGUUCUCUCUCUCUCUCUCUCUUUCACACUGUACGUCUCUCCCUCUCUUUCCUCACGUUGUUACAUAAUACAGUUAGAAUCCAGCUGCCCCCCUGGAGAACACUCGUGUGUGUUAGUCUGUGUGUGUGUGUGUGUGUGUGUGUGUGUGUGAAUAAGAGAACGUGUGUGUAUAGAUCCGUACCGAUAUGCGUGCCUCCGUGUGUGUCAAGGUUUCUGUGUGAACUAUUCACAUGUGUUUACAUGUUCGUAUCCAUGGAUGUCAGUAUUUUUUCCAUUUGAGCAUGUUUGAACUUUUCAGCUAGUGUGUGUGUGUGUGUGUGUGUGUCACAGAGAGAGAACCAGGUGGUGUACAUUUCAUUGUACAGUGGUGAUAUUUUUACGGGGCUGUGGGCCGUUGAAAACCUGAUAAGACUGAAAAACUGUAUAAAAACUCAGUUUUUGUGAGCAAGCCAGAGGAAGACAAACAAACUUUUUCCAUACAUAACAAAAAAAAGGGACAUUUACUUAUCUCCAAGCACUAACUACAAAAGAAGAAGCACACUGUUGAAUACCAUGCACUGUAAGUAUUUUCAUGUACAACAGAACAAACUUGUCUGAGUGUUUUUUACGCAAUGUCAAGUGGCCAAAAAAAACAAACAAAAAAAAGAAGUUUUGUAAAGCAACAAAAAAUGACAAAAUGCUGAGAAAAGCCUUCCAAAUUGUUCUGUUGGUUUUUAUGUAUGUAUGUAUGUGUGUAUGUAUGUAUGUAUGUGUGCGUGGUCAUCCAUACUCCCUAUGCAUUUCUGGGUCAAAGGUCGGUUUUAAGCCCAAUCCGGAACCGCAACAAACCUCCCACAGAUGACUGAAGUCUGUAAAGUAACACAAUUCCUUCUACUUCUGUAAUAUAAUAAAUUUAACAAAUUAAAAGUGUUAAAAUGAGAAAAACUUUAAACUGCUCUGACAACGUAGAACUGAUAUUGCAAUAAUUCUAAACCUCAAAUUACAAAUUAUUAAGGUACUAAUGUAUAAAACAUUGGGGGAGAAAUGUUGCAAUGUCAGUCUGAUGACUUCACGCCUGCGUUUCAUUACACUGGCCUGUUUUCAUUUCCCCUGACCCCAUUAAAUGAUGCCAUUACAUUUGAUGUGCUAUUAUAUAAGCUGACAUUUAUUACAUCAUCGUCUGCAGGAUGGCACAUUCACAUCUCCUCCAUGUCUUUUUGCUCCCUUCACACACACUCUUACAAAAUGUGUUGUGAUUUUUUAGUUUUUGGACCAUAAGAAUGCUCAAAACCAGGCUGUGGAAGUGGAAUGAGUUAAGUUAAGAGUUAACUUGAGAGUUUUGGCAGGAGGUUGCUAGCUACUGUGAUAAGUUCCAGUUGGGAUUAGAGUUUUGCAUUGUUGAAUCGUCCAUCAUUCAUUAUUUUAAAUUGGUGCUUCUGUUUUUGUCAAAUUGCAUCUUUCUAUUUUUUUCCAUUUGAGGUGAGUGAAGACUUUCAUUCCGUGCAUUUAUUCGCCCUGCAGUGUCCAUAUUGAAGCUGCUGUUAGCUAACAGGUGCAAAAGCUGAUAAUCCAGCUUGGCUGUACACAGCAGUAUGUAGCCUAACUACUCAACCAUGAUGUCUGUAUUGGACUGGUUCUGCUAGAUUUGGCAUGUUUUCUAAGAACUGAAGGCUCACUGGUUGAAAAAAUCCAAAUAACAAUUGAUAAUGGUUAUUGCUACAUAUUAGCAGUUAACUAGCUAACUGUGAUGUCUGCCCAGAAAACUAUAAUUAAUUUCUGGUCAGUUAGCCGUUAGCUUAGCAUACUGGCAAGACGUUCAGCACAUCUAGCAAAGCAUAAUGAGCUUACCAGUCAGUUGUUAUUAUUUUAAACAUAAAAACACUAUUCCUCAGUAGAAUAAACUCAAAUUUCACUGUCUCUUAUGAUCUGUUGCUCAUCAGAGUAUUUACAAUCUUUGCUUCACAUUUCUCAUAUAUCACAUGAGAAUUUUAUUCCAUUAAAGUUAUUAGAUUCACACAGGCCUGUAACAUUUGUAUUAUUUUUUUCUGACUUAGUUUAAAAAAUAAAUCUUUACACAAGUGGCAUCGAAGCUUAUUGCGAUUCCAGAUUGGGCCGUUGAUAAUGUAUGUUGAUAUUGUGUAACUUUUUUUUUUUGUUUUCUUUUUCAAAUUGUGUAAAGUUCUAUUCUAUGUAAUAUAGUAUUUUUAUAUGACAAUAUUACUCUUCCAAAACAUGGGAGAAAAAACAAAACAAAAGUUAUGAAAGGGAAAAUAAAAUGUAUAACUUUGUUGUUGUUGUCGUUUUGUUUUAUUCAUUUUCUAUGAAACAAAGAGUGUACUGCUAUACUUCUCUUUUCAAGAAGGACAUGAGAAAAGAUCAAAAGAAAAAUAAAAUGUCUAAUUUUA